AUGGACUAUACAAUCAUUGAGGACGAGCCAUCUGCCAACUUUUGGCAACUGGAAGAUGAUAUGAACCCCAACCUCACAGUUCUGCUUUGUCUUGGAGUCUACUCCAGCAAAGUCACCCUUUCAUCCCUGCCCAGCCCUGUGGUGACCUCAGGAGGUUAUGUGACUCUUCAGUGCUCCUCACAAGAAGAAUAUAACAGUUUCAUUCUAGUGAAGGAAGAUCAAAAUUUUUCCAUGCGCAUGGCCUCACAGAACACAUACACUGGUGUAUUCCAGGCCCUGUUCACAGUGGGUCCUGUGACUUCACAACAGAGAUGGAGAUUCACAUGCUAUGGCUAUUACCUGAACAACUUACAGCUGUGGUCACUACCCAGUAACAGCCUAGAACUCCUGGUCUCAGGGACCCUCCACAAACCCACCAUCUGGGCUGAGCCAGGCACUCUGAUCACAUUAGAGAGUCCUGUCACCAUCUGGUGUGAGGGGACCAGAGAAACCCAAAUAUAUGUGCUACAUAAAGAGGGAAGUCCAGAACCCUGGGACAGACAGACCCAAAAGGAUCUCAACAAUAAGGCAAAAUUCACUAUCCCUUCUGUGACAAAAAUGCAUGCAGGGAAAUAUCACUGUUACUGUUACAACUCUGCUGGGUGGUCACAAAACAGUGACACCUUGGAGCUGGUGGUGACAGGAGUCUAUCCAAGCAAAGUUUCCUUGUCAGCCCAGCAUAGCCCUGUGGUGACCACAGGAGGGUAUGUGACCAUUAAGUGUUUCUCACAGCAUGGAUAUAACAGGUUCAUUCUAAUUAUGGAAGAUGAGAAAUUCUCCAGGCACAUGGACUCACAGUAUACAUACUACAGGGACUUCUGGGCGCUGUUCACUGUGGGUCCUGUGAAUCCCCAAAAGAGAUGGAUUUUCACAUGCUAUGGCUAUUACUGGAACAGCCCCCAGCUGUGGUCAGUGCCCAGUAACCAUCUAGAGCUCCUAAUCUCAGGGACCCUCCACAAACCCACCAUCUGGGCUGAGCCAGGCACUCUGAUCACCUUAGGGAGUCCUGUCACCAUCUGGUGUGAGGGGACCAGAGAAACCCAAAUGUAUGUGCUACAUAAAGAGGGAAACCUAGAACCUGGGGACAGACUAACCCAAAAGAAUGACAAGAAUAAGGCAAAAUUCACCAUCCCGUCUAUGACAACACUGCAUGCAGGGAAAUAUCACUGUUACUCCUACAACUCUGCAGGGUGGUCAGAGCGCAGUGAUACCCUGGAGCUGGUGGUGACAGGAGUCUCCAUCAAACCCAGACUGACAGUCCUGAACAGCCCUGUUGUAACCAUAGGACAGUCUGUGACCCUCUCAUGUACCUCAAAUCAGAGAUACAACGGGUUCAGUUUAAUUAAGAACAAUCAGAAGUUUUCCAGCUCAAUGGGCUCACAGAAUGUACGUACUGGGCUGUCUUCUGCCAGGUUCCAAGUGCAUCUCACGACCUCCAGCCAAAGAUGGAGUUUCAGAUGCUAUGGCUAUAACACAAGCAAACCUCAAGUGUGGUCAGAAGGCAGUGACAUCCUGGAGAUUCUAGUCUCAGGAACUGAUGAGAACAUCACUAUAUCACAAAACAUGUCCAAACCAAAGACAGACUCAGAGACACAGGAUCAUCACACAGUGGAGAAUCUGAUCAGAAUGGGGAUGGCAGGCUUGGUCCUUGUGGUCCUUGGAAUACUGGUGUUUGAUGCUUGUCACAGCUGUAGACAGGAUCAACUCAGAAAUGGACUAUGAAUGGGAAGUACAGCAGCACAUACUUUGCAGGGUCAUGGACUAGACACUAAGUAUGGGGAUUCAGGGUGGAUUUGUAAGAAAAUACAGUGCUCAUGUUGGAGCACUGACUGGGGGUCAAUGUGAAUUGAGUGCAAGGGAAAUAACUGUCUCUUUAUUGGGAUGGAGAGUACUUUCCCACCAAUCAGAGUUAGUCCCUUACAUCUUACUGUGGACUUUUGCUGACCAGUGCCUCCUUUCUCCUCACCUAAUGACAUGGGGAACAUCCUGUACCAUCAACUAGGGUUCUCCCCUAAUCUAUGUACUUAUUCUGCUUUGUCUUACUUUCAUGUAACUUUCUAUUACUUUAAAUUACUAUGUUCCCAUCAACAUUACAAAUUUCAGGUUCUUUUCUUUUGAGAGCAAAGAACUUCACUCAAUUACAAUAAACA